UGUGACUACUGACCUUCGAAGGCCUUGUGGCGUACGGUUGUGCUUGCCGUUUAUUUGCAUAAGCGCCUCAGUUCGCAGCUGUUUUCUGAUUUUGUUCCGACGCGCAGUGCAAGGCAGUGCGAUUCUUGUCAUUUGGUUGUCGGACCACUGUCUCAGCAAUAUGAAGCAUGAGCAUACGCUCCCGUCGUCAACGUAUCUGCAACCGGAAUCUCGUAACGUGCCUGUUGAUCAGCGUGUGCUCAUUCUGCGGCUGUAUCACGAGUGCAGUUUAAACGCGGCAGAAGCUGCCCGACAGUACAACAAUAUCAACCCUGAUAUGCGGCCCGUUACCGGCCGAUAUGUGCUUAAACUGGUGGAAAAGUUUGAUAAAACUGGGACUGUGUGCAACGCCAGGAAAACCGGGCGGCCUCGCUUCACCACGGAUAACUUAUCAGCUUGCGCGGUUAUCCGUGAAGUAUCUAGAAUGAACGAUGUCAGUAUUCGUAAAAUAGCCCGACGUUGCGACACCACCAGAUAUGCUGUGUAUAGGAUUUUAAAGGAAAGAAAUUUUCGACUGGAUUCAAGGUCGAUGACGGAACCCAACUCCGACCCCUUGGCUCACUCGAUCACAACACAGAUAGUGACACCCAGUAAUAAUCAAACAAAUUCGAACAGUGAAAUUCAGGUAGCCUCGCGAUCAAUACACUACGAUCUCACCCUUCUGACACCUCCCAAGGAGGUGCCAAGUGGUCCACUCACUAAAAGCAACACUGCUCCACACAUCCGCGUGUCCCCUGUCCCUACCCCAUUGCCAAGUCCUCAAAUUCUGCAUGUCUGUUCAAGGACCACACACGCAGAUGCCAAUGUGUGUGAAGCUAGAGCUACCAGUACUGAGGCACCAAUUGGAGCGAGUCCGUCCAACGGACUAGACGGUGCUCAGAACUCCCUUCUGUCGCAUAACCCUUUGACCACUGUUCAACCAUCAGGAGCGAAUGUUUCAGCCGCAACUGUUGUGAACCGAAUUGAUUUAUCUGUUUCCAAUGACGAAGACCCUGAACCUGCCACCUCUCUUUUCGGUGCAAACAAGGUCGAUGCUGCGGAUGGAAAAUUGGG